CCUCUAUCGCUCAAAUGAUGAUUUUAUCCUUAUAGGACUCACAUCUGAAGUAGAUUACAUCAAAACUGUAGUCGGUGCAGGAUAUGUGAUAUUAGGUCCCAUUACUAAAGGAUUUUACACUAAUUCAUACAAUAUGCUCGGAUUAGUGGAAGAUUACGAGCAGUUAGAUGAGGCAGUCGGCACAAUGGCUGAUUUUCGUAUUCUUUUAAAACAAUUUCAUAAAAAGGAUAUAAAAGUUAUCUUGACAUUCGAUUUCAAUGCGAUAUCCAUCAAUCAUAAAUGGAUCACAGAGAACAAAGUCAAACUGAGGUUGUUUGAUGAUGACUUUAAGAACAAGGUAAAACUACUUUCAUUGUUCUAUAGUCUCUUUACACUUUAUCUACAUAAAGAAGUCACGAUAUGGAAAUCGAUUGGACGUGAAUAUUAGUCAUCAAAAAUACUAUUCAGUUUUUGAAUAUCCAAGCAUAGAUCUAGAUUUAACUUCUGCCAAAACUCAGAAAGCAAUAUUUGUAUGUUUCAAUGAAUCCACUUAUUAAACUGUAUUAUUACCGAUAGAAUGUGAUCCAAUUUUGGAUGAAAGAAGGAAUAGAUGGAAUUCUCCUGGAUAAUGCUGCAUUUUUUGUUGAAGAAAAAGAAGAAGAAGGAACACAAAGCAACCUCAGUUCAACAUGGUUGGAAAACUGUCCUAAUUCUCAAUUAUAUAGAAAUGGAAGUGUGAAAUUUGUUGAAGGUGUAAGAGAAGAAAUGAACAAGUGGAUUAAGGAAAGUGGAAAAGAAAAAUUAUUGGCUGUGAACUCUGGUGAUACAGGUUGUGGUGUGGGCGAUAAUCCAGAUCCAAUGUUGAUGUUCCGAGAUGUGGCUGAUUUAAUAAUCAGUCGUGAAUUGGUUUUCAAUAGGGGUAGAAGUGAAACCCGAGUAUCAUUCAGCAAAACAACCAUAGAGAAAUAUUCUACAUAUUCAGACUCUGAUAAGGAGAAAUUAGGAUUGAUAACAAGUACUUCAAAUAAUCCAACAGAUUCAGAUGUGAUUCAGCUUGCAUUAACAUUAUUAUUACCAGGACAACCAAUAAUUUAUUAUGGAACUGAGACGGGUAUCAAUAACAUGGAAUUAUCUCUUAUUCCGGAAAAGUUAUAUCCAAAAGGGAAACGUUACAAUGAUGAAGUGGGAUUUUGGUCUACACGAUCUCAUUUACCAAUGCCAUGGGAUUUCAAAGGGAGGAGAUUUUCAGCAACAAUAAAUGACUCUAGUUUUAGUGACUAUUUGGAUGGUUAUUCACAUAAGGAAACCGUUGAAGAAUCGUCGGAUCAUGUAGAAGCAUUUGCACGAAAGGCAAAAGGAUUUUCAACAUUCAUUGUGGUAAUAUUGAAGCAGUUAAUGGAGGAUUAUCUUUUGGAUCUCACUUCUAUUUGUUCAUCAGUUACACCGAAAAUGAUUUAUCCUUCACAUCCACAUUUACAAGUUGACAUUCCAUUAACAACUUCAAAAAUAUACAUUCCGAAAAGGGACAAUGCCAACUACAUCUUAGUAUUUCAUUGUAAUUGA